AUGUUUCGGUCAAUAUCGCCAUUGCCAUUCUGGUCCAAGGAUGCGACCCAAGACCCAAAAAUGAAGAAAUACACGUCAGCACUAGAGAAGGCGCUGGCUCUAUGGGACUCGGUCGACGAAUGGGCAGACUACAUUUCGUUCAUUGGCAAGCUGCAGAAAGCACUCAAGAGCCAUUCCAACCCAUCCUACCUGCCGCUACAGAGCGAAAUUGCCUCCAAACUGGCCUGGUGUCUGCUGCCAAACCUGCCGUCAGGAGUGCACCAGAAGACCCUGGAGGUGUACCGUCAGGUGUUUGAGAUACUGCGAGGUAUCGGCGACUAUCACAAGAGUCUGGACGGCAAAUCGGUGGACCCCGUGGCCCAGGGAAUCAGAGUCUGGCUCCCCGGACUGCUCCCGCUCAUGGCAUAUGCAUCCAUUAACGUCAAGCCCAUCUUGAUUGAGGUACUUCAGGAGGACAUUGUGGAGAAGCUGCCUCAAGCGACUCUCAAAACGACAAUUCGACCGCUGCUGCUCUCACUGCUUCCCGGUAUCGACGACGAGUCAAGUGAGUCAUUCCAGGCGUGCUUUGAUCUCAUUCAGAAGCUCAAGCUACGUCUCCAUGAUGAGCCCUACUUUUGGCAAUGCUUCUUCCUCACCAUUGUAUCCGCUCCAGAUAAGAGGCAAGGAGCGCUGGUUUAUGCAUACAAAGAACUGCCCCAGUUCUCCAAGGUCGAGGGCAUCAAUGAAUCCGACAAGAUCAUUCACAGUCUAUCCUACGAAGCCCAGUCAGCUGUCACUCCGGAAUGUGGCCUGCUGAUCCGGGCCUUCUGUCGGGGGCUAGAGGACGACCAACUCCUUGUCCAGCGAGGUUUUCUGGAACUAUUAGUCAAGAACCUGCCUCUCGAUUCUCCUGUCAUUACAGGCCUGGCCUCUAAGAGCGACAUUUCUCUGCUGAUGACAAGCGCGUGUGCCGCCGUGCUCAGAAAGGACAUGUCUCUCAACCGAAGGUUGUGGGCCUGGCUUCUUGGACCCGAUGAUGUUUCCAUGAAGGAGUACUUUACAACACACGGCCGAGAUGCGCUUGUCCAGGGCAUCCUGGCUCUGAGUUCGCCAGUGAGAGCUUCCAAGAUUUCUCUCUCGUUGAUGGAUCGAUGGGAAAUUGGAUCUACUGUGAUUCCAGAGAUUCUGACACCCAUUAUCCAAUCUGUCUACGACUGUGAAAAGAGACCUGACUACCAGGAUAUUGUGUUGUCAGCCUCCGCCUUUGUUGACUCAGUGGAGGCAAUCAACAUUUGGGCCGACAUUCAAAAGAUGCUCAAGACUGGCUCUCUAUCUUUGGCUUUAUUCACACUUCAAACCUUCAAUCUUUCGGACGAAGAGAUGAUUGUCAAGCAUGCUCCUUUGGCACUACUGAGCCAUCUUCUGUCUGGACGUUUUUCUCAGUGGAAAGAGUGGAACGAGAUUGCUACUCUGUUGAUUGAACUCAUCCCCGAGCGGGCAUUUUUACCAGUGGAACAUUCGACGCUCACUGAUGGCGAUUUCCAAGUGUCCACUAUUGAGUCCAAGGUCGAAGAGUACUACGAUGGCGAGUGGGCCGAUGGAUAUGGAGCUGCUGAUGUUUACUUGUUGCUUCUACAGACCUCCACUCGCUUGGCUGAUGAGUUCUUCCAGAAGGUCACUGCUGAAUGUAGUAAUAACCCAGCCAUCUUCUCCAAGCUUGCACUCAUCAUUUCCGAGCUACAAGCCAAGCAGGUUUCUGGUUUUAAGUCUGAACAGCUGGAAAAAACUCUACAGCUGGCAGGUGAAGAAGCAGUGGCUCAAUUCGACCCCUUCUCCAGCUCUCCCCUGCCUUCUCUGCCUCCCGUGGCUGUCCUGGGAUGGACCAGGCUGUACCCGCUGUUCCCAGCGAAUCUUCUUGCUCUGGUAGGAUACAUUUUCACAUCAUUAACCCCCAACUCACAGUACUACAACGGCCCUUUCCACAAUGCAGAGCUGGUCAAGGCGUUGUGGUCUCUUCAGGCUGUUCACGGUAGCGAUGACAGGGAAGUGGAGGCUGCUCUGAGUAUUCUGUUUUCGAAACCCUGUGAUGAGAAGUCACAAGUGUUUUCGGCUAUUUGGCAGCACUCUCUUUCGGCACCCAACUUCUCCAAGUUAUUGGCUCGACCCUUGUUCCUGUAUCUCGACUUGCUUCCUCUUCCUACCUCUCAGUUGGAGCUCUAUGGCAGCAAUGCAGGCAAAAACAAAUUCCUCGCCUCUGAUGUGUCGUCCAAUGAGCUGAUUUCCCUGGCUUUUGCAUCGGAGAAAUCUCUUGCUGGCUCUUACUGGCUCAACACAGUGGCUUCGAGCGGGUCGUGUGAUAAACUAUUCUCACUUCUCCUAGACCCUCUGUCCAAGUCCGCAUUUUUCAGCCGGCCAACCGUUGAAGGCAAGCUGCUGUUUGAAGAGUCCGAUGACCUGGCUCUUUUCGCAUACCACGUCUCAGCUCUCACGAAGGUUCUUUCUGCCAAUAAUUCUAGCAUGGCCAAAUUCCAUUUCAACAAGGAGGAGGUGGAAGAAUUUGACAUCAACGAUUACUAUGAAGGCAAAUCCACCUAUGCCGCUUGGACUGCCAACCUGAUGGCUCAUUUUCUGCAAUUCCAGGCUGUUGAUACGCUGGCAUACAGUUCAGCUCUGUCUGCAGUGCUCAAGCUGUGUUCCAUUCUGCUUGAUUCGCCUCUCUUCCCUACUUCCAAAGCCAAUUGGGAGGUAUUUGUGCGCGUGUUGGUGACUAAGCUGUCUGACUUGGUAAACCAGGACUCGGAGCUUCAGGUCAUCGUGCUUGCAGUUCUUGCCAAGGCUCUGCAGGCCUCGGAUCUUUCCAUGACGCUUUCCAAGAGCGAAAAGUUCAUUGGAAACGGUCCUGUGGACAUCCCCUUGGUGUCUGAAACCUCAGAUGUGAACAUUCCCGGUGUUUUUAUUGCUGUUGUUCUGCAUGGCUUGUCUUCUCGAAAGGGCGUUAUCAUCAGUUCGGGAUGGAUUCACUUCCUAGAGUGUCUGCUCGGAAUCUACUCUACUGAUUUGUUCCAGAUUAGCAUUGCUAUCGUCGAGAGACUGUGUGCUCUUGUUGAUGGUACCCCCGUUGCUUCUCUGCAGAAGCUUUCUACAGGCUCCAGGGAGGUUCUGGUCGAAGUUGACGACAAGGACGGCGAGAAGGACCCUGCAGUUGGCGAUACAGUCACUGAUGUCACGGCACCUCUGUCUGACUCCAUUAUUCCUUACCUGACAGGUCUGGAAUACUGUCUCGAGUCCCUUUAUCUUGCUUACACCAAGGUCGAGGCUUCGCAGGAGGAACUAAAUCUCAACUCCACGGGGUGGAUGACCAACGUGGUCAAUGGUGUCUUAUCUCUGGAGGAGCCUACAAAGGGCAAUGGCUACAGAAUGAUUGUUCUGUUGUGUUUCCAGAAUGCCGUCAAGAGCUGCUUCAAUCUGUGGCGGAAGGUCGAUGGACAGGAGGCCGAGGAAUACACUUUGGACAGCGUUGUCUACCUUGGCCAGCGGUUGAAAUUCCGAGCUCGAAAAAUUCUCGACAAGCUGUUCUCUUUCGAGCGAGGUGAGGUUCUUCAAAUGCUGAUCGAGCUUUCGGAGGAUGAUAUGCCCCAUGUGUUGAAGGUAUUGCAUGUUCUGGAUGGCUCUCGGCCCAAGCUGUCGGUGAGCCAGUUGCUUCAGAGUCUCUCAGAUGACCAGAAGAAGUCAACGGCCUCGUUCCUUUUGGCUUAUGUGAAGUCUCUAUCCAACGACGCUGUAGAGGACAUUUACUCGGACUACAUGGGUUUCGCCCGAACCGUCAUGCUGAACCCCGUGCCCUACAAGGAAAUCUUGUCUCCCACCGUUCAGACCCUCACUAUUAUUGGAGUCAAGAUUGAUGGCAGCAACUUUGCCAACCGAAAGGUGAGCAAGGAAAUCUCUGAUGCUGUUGUGAAGCUGGUCGGACAGGUUACCGAUGAACAGACUCUCAUGAAGGUGGUUCCUGUUCUGCGAACGAUUCUCAUUGACCAAGACAAGGUGAGUUCCGUUUUGCAGGGCAUUGUGAACAACGUCGUGAUCCCCAAACGGUCUUUUGAGUUACUCGGCGUCAUCACUCAGAUCCCAGGAACCGUCAAGGUGUGGAAGAGUGCCGUUCACGACUUUUUCAUCGAGGACAACUUUGUCUACGAGGCUCCCUGGCCCCAGAUUCUGUCCAAGUGGUCCACGUGCACCAAGGAGGUUUCUGAGCUCAUCACCGGCUCAUCUGGUGUCUUCAACUGGGGCUCUCGAGGUAACAGUGUUCGACGUUUGUGUUACCUGUUGCUUUCUGGCCAGGAAGACCAGUUUGUGCUUCAUAUGAAGGAGAUCAAGGGCAUUCUGGAUGAGAUUGAGCUCGAGUCCUUGUUCAUUGCACUGCGUGCUAUUGUUAUGCGGUUCUCUGCCACUCAUCUGGUUCCCAUUUGGCCUCUGGUUGCCCACAACCUGCAGGUUAUAUUCGAGGGUCUGCUGCAAGGUAAGGAGACGGAUAACCGAAUCGUGAUGAGUGCCUGUAAGCUGCUCGAUCUUGUGCUGGUGCUUAACCAGGAGGAUUUCCAGCUGGAUCAAUGGCUGUUUGUCACCGAUUCCAGUGAUGCUAUUUACGGACACCCUUACGGUAUUCUGGAUCAGUUGGCUGAGUCUACGCCUGUCAGCAGUGAUGAUCUUCAUCUGGAGGAGACUUCCAAGCGACGGCCUUUGCUUUUUGGACAGAAGAUUGGUUCUCUUACCUCUCUUGCACAGCUAAAGCCUUUCUUUGACCGGCUCUCCAUUUACAACUACGAAAGUGUUUACGCUCUCAAGGAGACUGAUCAGGAGGCUUGUGAGCUGGAUCUCUUGGCCGAUAUCCAGGAGUAA